AUGUGUAUGAUGAAGAUCCAGAUGCGUUGUACCGUGGUGUACCCCCCUCCUGUGCCCAAAGUGCGUGCAAUUUCAUCGACAGAUCGCCUCUUGAAGCCCACGAAAGCGUCACUUGCAGCUUCGAGGAAGAAAGUUCUGACUGGGAAGGACAAGGAGCUGGCGGAAGCGCGAGAGCAAGCACGUAAGCGACGUAGAUUGGAUCGAGUAGCCAAGGAAAAUGGUCGCUUGACGAUUCCUCAGUCGCCCAAGUUCCGUCAGAUGAAGAAGACCACACCCCGUUCUCGUGCUGACAUGUUGACGCGGACAUCUCGAGAGCUGUUGGAGAUUGCGGCCAUACGCAAACGAGUACAGGCCCAGAAACGUAAGACACAGCAGUAUCAUGAUGCGACGACGCAUGGGGCGGCUCGGGGAAAGAGUGAACAGUUUUCUAGAACUCUUACAGCUAGUGGAGGCGUUGGUGUCCCGGCCGUUCGACGCCCAAAGCUCACGACGCCUGUGGGUUUUGAGUUUGAAAUCGAUAAACGCGCAGCAAUGGCAAAGACUCGAAGGAGCCUAAAGAGAAAAAGUGUGAAUGUGAUAUCGCAGGAGGCUGAGCCAACCGGAGCGGCUAUGGACAAGAAAGAAUCACCACUUAAGCAGAAGCGAAAAUCUGUGGCAUAA